UUGUGCCGUUGCCGUUUGUGCAGUUUGUGUGCUCAGUGCUCUUACUGUUCUGUCUCUGUGUUCUUCCUGUUGCGCGAAAGGUGAAGAUCGAAGAGGCAAACUGCGAAGAAUGUAAAGUAAACAUCGUGGCAGAUUGCAGAUCACUAUUAAUAUAGGAAAAUGUUCACAAUAGUUAGCAAAUGCAGCGUUCCGUUGGUCCGCCGUUUUUCAACGCUUCAAAUCUGUAAAAGACUUGAUAGUCACAGGGGCGCAAUAAACACAAGUUAUAUCGCACCUGCACAAAACAGGACGCAGCAAAAACCUAGUACUAUCGACAAGCAUCUUUUGCAGCCCUUUACUCCUGCAUUAUAUAAUUUUCGAGGAACAAGCUUCUUCAAUAAAUUACCGGCCGAGCAAAUCUGGAAAGGCAUAAUUUCGGUGAGUAAUGCUGGCAAGAAAAGAGGUCGCGGAAAAGGGUCCGGGCGAAUAAUCCCAAAGGAUCUAAACAAAGGACAAGUUAUUGGAUUUGGAAAAGCAAAUAUCGUUUGGCCUGGGCUUUCAGCACCAGUAUUGCGUGGUCGUGAAUUAGUACAGCAACAGCAACUGCCAGAGGACGCAGAACGGGAAGCAAAGUUAAAAAAAAUUCGUGAUGGAAUGGCUAAUUUUAAACGGAUAAAGUUGAGCCCGUUAGAGCGCGGAUGGUCAGGUUCCAAAAUGCCUGGGCGUAGUAUUGGACCUCCAGAUCCUAUCGAGGAUGACGUUUUCGAGGGUUUUGAUACGAAAUGUUUAGAAUUAAAAACAGUUGUUAAUAUGAAAGGCAAUCUUGGUAGAAAACGCCGUGUGUCAGCUAUGGUGGUCACGGGUAAUGGGAACGGACUCGCUGGUUUUGGCUUUGGUAAAGCAAUUGAUAUGAGGGCAGCAUUAAGGCAAGCGAAGAAUCGUGCUGGUCAAAAGUUAAUGUAUUUUGAGCUUUGCAAUGGACAUACAGUAUUCCAUGAUUUCUAUUGUGCCUUUGGAGCAUCCAAAAUGUUUGUGGAACGCAAACCAGAAGGUUACGGGUUAAAAUGUCACCGUGCAAUAAAAACCGUAUGCGAAGUGCUUGGAAUUAAAGAUCUUCGCGCUAAAUGCGAAGGUUCCACAAAUGUUCAGCAUGUUGUAAAAGCAUUUUUUAUAGGUUUGUUACAACAAAAAAACCACCAACAAAUAGCGGAAUCAAAAGGAUUACAUGUUGUGGAGUUAAGACCGGAGAAUCAAAAGUUUCCGAAAGUUGUUGCUAGCCCAACUGUGUGUCGAUCGGAAAAUGAACUUGAAACAAAUGAAAUUCUUGAUUACACGCAGUUUUGCAUGGAUGGAAAAAUUCAAUUGAAAAGGAAAAAGUUUCCGCCAUUCUAUACAAAACAUCGGUCCUGGGAAAUAUACCUGAAAAAGCAAGAGUAUUUGCGAGACCAGGAUAAGGUGCGACUCCGGAUGCUAGCUGAAACUGGUGAAAUACGUAGCUUUAUGACAGCAAAAUAUCCAGAAUGCAAAAUGGGGCCUGCUCCAAAAGAGGAAUAAAAUAGGCAAUUAAUUGGGCGUUUCCAUUAAAUAACUACUGUCAGUCAUAGAAGUAUACGGAUAUCGAAAAAAUUUAUUAUUAUUUUUGCAAAGAAUGAUAACAUUUAUUUAUUGAAAUAAAACAGCGAUUGUUAUGCAAAUAGCGGCAGUAUCAUGGAAUACGUCGUAUACGCAAUAUAGCAAGCGUUACGUGAAUUACGUGAAUAUAUAGCUUGAAUUGUCCAAAAAUGCAGGCAAAAAAUAUUCUGACAUUACUACUUGAAGUAUAAUUGUACUUUCUCUCAUAACUAUAGGUUCUACGAAAAAUCAAUAUAAGAAAAUGAAACUGACAGCAACGAUAAAAUAUAGUAGUUGGAGUCCUACGAUGUGGGGCUGCAUAUCAAGCUCUAAGAUUGAGUACCAAUAUAAUUUUAGAUAGAACUAGUUGCAAAUUCGAUUAUACGAGCUCAUACUACCGAUAUUUGUAAGCGGUGUGAUACUAUAGAAUUCUGGUUUUAGUUUUAAAUGGUCGGAUAAUCAAACAUUUUGCAUGCACAAUGCGACCUUCUGAAAACGAAAGCCAGAAUUGUCCGAGCGUUAUUGAAACCCCAGCGCUCACUCCAGACUUGCACCCAUUGAACAUCUUUUGUGAUAAUUUUAAAACUAAAAUUGAAAAUCAUGAUCGAUUUGUAUAAUAAUAUUGACUUAAACAGAUCUCUUGGAAAAAACGGUCGGCAAUUCAUAUAGCAAUAUUUGAGAAAUUGAUUAAUUUUAUCCCAAACAAGUUGAAACUGGUAAUCAAGAAAGCAUGUUGUCCUACAACGUAGUAGUUAGGCAAGAAAGUAUAAUUAUUUCUACUAAUAGUUAACUGUCCGAAUACUUUUUCGACUGAAUUUAUGAGCAAUUCAAACUAGGAGAAUUUGAUCAAAACAAAACGCUUUUCCGCUAGUUAUUGCCAUGUAUCUAAUUAUGCUUUAUAGUUAAAGGUUAAAUAUUGUUUUAAAAAUAAAUAUUACCAUUCUUUCCAAAAAUACUGAGCAAUACCUAUUAUAUUGAAAGGAAAAAAAUUAUUCGAUCCUGACCUAAUACUUUUUUGACUGACUGUACAUACCAUCAACAAACAAAAGUGUGAAAGCUACUUUCUAU